UCCCUGCCCAUGGCAGGGGGUGGCACUGGAUGGGCUUUAAGGUCCCUUCCAUCCUAAACCAUUCCAUGAUUUUAAGUGUUGUUAUCUUGCCCAAGUCCACAUGGGGUUGGAUAAUACCUGUUUCUGUACCUGCUUUUGCUGUAAUCUAGUCCCUUAUCCUGGGAUCUUGCAGCUGGAGCUUGGCUUGAGGAUGUUUCGACUGCACAGUGAGACUUUCCCUCUAAAGGAGUUUUAGCCACUGACCAUCCAGGCUGAGCCCUGUCAUCACUUAUUAGACACAAAACGUUUCCCUGGCUGUGCAGCUGAGGCCUGUUAUCCCCAGGCCCUGGAGCUAAGGGUUUGCAGGAAUCCUGCCCAAAUUAAGUGGUGAGCUGGGAAAUAGCAACUCCUGUGCAAGUGUAUCCCCGAGCUCUGAACAGAAACACCAGUGGGUUGGAUCCUGGAGUUCAGGUUCGUUCCCACAGAAGGUUUGGGCUCAUCCAUGGGGGAAGCUCCCGUUUCCUUUUGCUGGGAGCUGGGAUGGAGUCUCAGUGCAGCUGAACUAGUGGAAGGUGAACACAUCUUAGGAACUGAUUAUCCACUGUCAAACUUGGUUGUAUGUGCUUGUCCUUGUGGAGGGAAAUAUCCUUAAUGCUGUUUUGUGGGUCCAAACCAUGUCUUUCUGUAGGGAAGUUAGUUGUCCCUGGAACUUCUGUGCCAUUACCCAUGGAAGCAAAGGUGGCUGAAGAGGGGAAUAUCCAGAAGUUUCUGUCAUAGCUUCUGUCCUGGUUCUUCUCCCAGUGCCGUUGUCUCCGAGGGCUGGGCUGGAGGAGCUCAGUUCGAAAGGAAAGCAAAUGCAACCCCAACAAAACAAUGGUGCCAGUGUCAACUCUGCAGCCUCCAGACCUUCCCAGGGCACACAGGAGGACAGCAGGGAGGUGCAGCAAAGGGAAAGGAGCUGCUGGAAAUCCCGAGGGAUUUGGAUCCAGCGCGGCCGUUCCGGCCCCGGAGCUGCGGCUGCUGUCGGUGCUGGCCGUGCUUUUAGGGGCAGUUUUUAGAGUGCCUUCAUUGCUGGUGCUCCUGUCAGACCCCACAGUGCUGGUUUGGGGGGUUGGUUUGUUCUGAGCUCCCAUUCUGGAGUUGGCAGGUGGGGACACAACGUGUUUCAUCCUUAAGGAAGAAGGGGUGGAACGAGAGCUCGGCACAGACCUCUCUGUGCCUUUCAUCCUGUGGGAUCAGCUCUGCCAAAUCAGCAACACAGCUGGUGCUGGGUAAACCAGUGCUGGUGCUUCCCAGGAUUUGCCUCUGCCAGAUUUACAGUGGAGGUAACAGGAAGAAUGAACCUGUGUUUUAGGAAGGGUUGUGCAGAAUGAUUAAAGCACUGAGGGGUGUUGGGUUUGGUGCCAGCUGAAUACUGUUUUUGUUUUGCCAAGCUAACAGGGAUUAUCUGUUUGUUCCAGGAGCUGGGAAGGAGCACAGAGAGCCAGGAGCCAACACAUCAUCUCAACACCUAAAUGAAGCUUUAAGUCUGAUCUGUUGCUCUUUCUGAAACCUCCCCAGGGAACACUCCCAACAGAAAUGGCAGAAAAGGUGAACAACUUCCCCCCACUCCCCAAGUUCAUCCCCCUGAAACCCUGUUUCUACCAGAAUUUCGCCGAUGAAAUUCCCAUCGACCACCAGUUCCUGGUGAAGAGAAUCUACCACGUCUGGAUCUUUUACUGCAUCACCCUGGCAGUGAACAUCGUUGCCUGCCUGGCCUGGUGGAUCGGGGGAGGCUACGGGGUCAACUUUGGCCUGGCCAUCCUGUGGCUGCUCCUCUUCAGCCCCUGUGGCUACGUCUGCUGGUUCCGACCUGCCUACAAAGCCUUCCGGUCAGACAGCUCCUUUAACUUCAUGGCCUUUUUCUUCAUCUUCGGGGCACAGUUCGUCCUGACGGUGCUGCAGGCGAUCGGCUUCUCCGGAUGGGGCGCGUGUGGGUGGUUGGCAGCCAUCACCUUCUUCAGCACCAGCGUCGCCGCCGCCGUGUUCAUGCUGUUCCCUGCCAUCAUGUUCACCCUGUCGGCCGUGGCCAUGCUCAUCUGCAUCCUAAGGGUACAUAAAAUCUACCGAGGGGGUGGUGGAAGCUUCCAGAAGGCUCAGGACGAGUGGAACAGCGGUGCCUGGAGGAACCCUCCCAGCAGGGAGGCCCAGUACAGCAAUUUUUCUGGGAACAGCCUGCCAGAGUAUCCCACAGUGCCCAACUACCCCCCAGGAAACCAAUGGCCUUAAGCAGCAGCAGCUGCAAACUGCCUGGAUUCUCUCCUUUUUGGUCUUUUAAUUCUUGUUAUUGGAAAAGAUCAUUUGCAUUCCCUCCCCCAGGCACCCCAGUCACCUUUUUGGGACCUUUUUGGUUCUUGUCUCCUGGUCCCUGUGGAAGAUCCUGUCAGCCCUUCCCACCUCCACUGCACGGCCGUGGCACAAAGCUUUUUUUUGCCUUGAGCUACCAGUAUUUGCCUCGUUGCAGACUGAGGAACAAACCCUUCAACAACUGCCCUUCCUCGAGGGAAUCCUCUCCUGACCAUCCCUGAAAAAGGCUCAGCUUCCCCCAAUGGCAACACUAACCACAGCUGCUCCUGCUCAGCUUCCCUGGAAUGCACAGCACCCCGCAGCAAUCACAGCUUUAGUAGCAACUGGUGUUUACUCUCCUGGAUGAAUAAUGUGGAAUUUUUCACUCUAAGGGAAAUGCAAGACUUAAAUUCUUUGGUACUAGUGAUAGGGAAGGGAUCUGUGAAACCCCCGCCCUCCCCGCCGGGAACGGGAGCUGUGAAGGCCACGAGAGCCCUCCUUUGCCUGGCUCAGACUGCUGUGAUGCUCCAAGUCCUGCCUCCCCUGCUGCCAAAGCUUUUUGCCGGAUCUUUGUGCUUCAAAAGGUGCAGAUUCAUCUCAUGAGGUUGGUGGUUGCUCACUGGAAUCCGGCACCGAGCCGGCCCUGAGGACGUGCCCCCCGUGCAGGGCUCAGCACCAGAGCUCCCCACCACGGACCUUCCAGCCAGGCCUUGUGCUGCCCUGAGAAAUGCCCCACCAGACACACCUUGUCCUGUUGGGGGUCCCUUUUCCAGGGCUCCCUUUCCCUGGGCUCCCAGCCAGAGCCAGAAGGAGGAUAAGGCUGGAUCUCGGUGCUGGGCCCCCAGUGCGGUUUGGAAGCGGUUCUGUUACAAUGAAUGGUUUAAUUCUGCCUUCUGCUGAUGGGCUUGGACUCCAAACAUUACAGUGGGGGCUGGGAGGACCAGGGAGGGCUCUUAGUGUGAGCUGGGCAGUCCUGGUCUGCAGCACUUCCCUCCCAGGAGAGGGAGGUUCCUGCCUUUCUCCAAGGAUCAGCUGGAGGGAGGAUGAAGCUGUUGAGAGGGAUUGUUUUCCCUGGCUCUGCCUCAUCGUUCAUCUCCAUUCUGUGCCUGCACAUCAGGGCUCCUGGAGCCUGAGCCAUCCAAUUCCCUGUGUCCUGUCCUGAUCCAGGCAGCAAAGGCUGCGGUUUCCUCUUCUCCCUCAAAACCUGCUGUGAUGUUUUUUUCAAACUUGUCCAAACUGGGAGGUCAGUCCCCAAUAUUUUUAUAGAGAGUGAGUGUCCCAAGCCUUUGGCUCUCAAAUUUUUGGCCAACGAUCCAGAGUGCUCCAUGUGGGGGAUCUGGGAGGGGUUGGAGUUCCCAGAGCCUGCUGCCCUGGCAGGCUGUCAGUGGGGUCACUCCAAAGCCACACUGAGCAGCUGGAGAUCAGAACUGGCUCCUGGAAAAGGGACAGGGAGGUGGUCCUAGCUAGGUGGAAUAGAUUUGCAAGUGAUCUUUUGAAUAUUUUCUCUACAUGUGCCUUAUCUAAUGGAAUCAUAGUUCAUGGAGGAGAAUCCCCUUCCCCUCAUCCCUGCGGAAUUCCCCAUUAACUCGUCCCGUGUCACUGUAAGUAAUGAGGGAAGCACAGCCUGGAGUCUGCAUGACCCAUGUUUCCAGGGCCAAACUGGAGGGCAGAGCCUCCCUGAAUUUCAGUUUACAAGCAGCACUGACCCCCCCCUGCAGGACCAGGCUCUGGGACACGGAACGUGCUCCCAACACUGGGGGUUCUUCCUGGCGAGCGUGAGAUGUGCUUGGGAGCACGGAGUGCUUGGAGCCUCCUUACCAGAACACAUUGUGAAGCUUUUUCGGUGCCUUUGUCUUGUGUCAAGUGUAAUUUUAAGUGUUCUUUGUCGCUUGCCAUCGGAGUGAUACAAGAACUGCCUGGCGUUGACUCCCUGGAAAUACGAUGGAUGCACUACGGGGUGAGGGGGACUGAUGGGCUUGAAGGUGGCACUGGACACCCUUGGGUGCCCCAUGUCCUGGCUCUCAUGCUCCUUGGUCCUGCCUCUCAGCCUCUUGCCAAAAUUCUUCAAACCCCAUUGUUUUUCUGCUGUUUUUUAGCGCGUCAGGUCAGAGGUUCCGAGGGAGCCGAGAGGAGAAGCGUUGCUGGGGACUCCACAUCCCGCCCCUCGCUGGGUUCCAUGCAUAAUCUGGGGGGGCUGUGUUUAAGCUCCCACCCCCAGCCACACUGACAGUGCUUUGUGCAAGAGGAGGGGGUGCGUGGGAGCCGGAAUGGCCGCAGCUGGACACCAAAACCACCCCCCAUUAGCUCCGUGAACCCCCAGGCGGGAUCUGCCACCUCGUCCCCCUCCCUCCUCCUCGAUGCCACAAACCGUAAUUCCAGAAAGUCGACCCCCCCACGCUGCCUGAACAACUUAUUUUGUGGCUUUUUUUUUGUUUGUUUUGGGGUUUUUUUUUGGACUCCUCUGUAUGUUUUUAAAUGUUUACAUUAGACUUCUAAGAGUUCUUAACCCCCCGGGCCGGGCCUGGCUCCUGCCCCGGCGGGCGUCACGUGGCCGUGGCCGUGUGCGAUGUCUCGUGUCACCCGUGGAGCUCUGGCUUCUGUUUGUGUUUUUCUCCUGAUCACAAGACAAUAAAUGCUCAUCCUGUGCUUGAUGAGGAGAACUGGC